CAUUCCAUCACCUGAAAUUCCUCCUGACCCUUCUUCUUCUCGAAUCUACUUCCUUCUACCGUUUGCACUCAAAACUCUUCACUUUUCUAAAAGAAGAAAAAAAAAAGAGACAAGCUCUAAUCGGAGAUCAUGGCUUCUCAACAAGAUGAGCUAAAACACAGAAUUACUACAAAAUCACAACAAAACGAACCUCAACAAACAGAGCAACACACAAAAUCUGCUCACGAUAACGAUUCAAAAACGAACAAAAACAUCAACAAAUCAACAAGAAAACAGAUAGCCAAACGAGGACUCAAAUCAUUAACAAUCGCUUUAACGAUUCCACUUUUAUUAACCCUUAUAGACAUUUCUCUUUUCGGAUCAAGUUACCAGUACGUUUCAAUGGAGAAGCCUUUCUGGUUCCCACGUUUAUGGGCUUUACAUUUAGCCUGUUUGGGUUCUUCUCUUCUUAUGGGUCUUUCUGCUUGGCUUGUUUGGGCUGAAGGUGGGUUUCAUCGUCAACCUAUGGCUAUGCUUUUGUAUUUAAGCCAAUUAGGGUUGAGUUUGGCUUGGAAUCCAGUUGUGUUUAAAGCAGGUGCUACUAGAAUUGGGUUGGUGUUAUGUAUGGCUUUGUUUGGAGUGUUGAUUGCUUGUUUUAGGGCUUUUAAAAAUGUGAAUCCUAUUGCUGGGGAUUUGAUUAAACCUUGUUUUGGAUGGGCUGUGCUUUUGAGUCUAGCAAAUCUUAAGCUUGUGUACCACUAGGAAGAAAUAAAUAUAUAGUUGACAUAUGCACUUGUUUUGUUUUGUUUUGGCUUGUGAGGCUUAUGUACUGUAAAUUUACAUGUAUUAGUGUUCUAUAUUUCAUGUUCUAAUGAAAUCGCUUUUACCUCUUCUAUUA